CCCCGGCGACCCCAAUGGUUAAUAAAUGAACCGAUUCGGACUGAGAUGGAAGAAUCAAAGAAAAGAAGGGAACAAUUGAAAGCAAUGCAAAUGGAGGCUGCUGAGGCUGAAUCUUCUAAGAUUGCUGAUAGUUCUACGGCCCCUGGUUAUCUUUUUAAUCCACUUGUUGAGCCCUCUACGAUUCCACCGGUGGGGGAGAGUUCACCUGUUGUUCCUAGGUUUGAUUUUUAUACAGAUCCUAUGGCAGCUUCCUCUGGUAAUAAGAGGUGGAGCAGCACCAUGCAGACACCACAAAAUUAUAUCUCAGCUACAACUAGUAGUGGGUCUCCCAUUUCUAGGUUGUCAUCGUCUCUUUCAGGUUCAAGGAAUCCCAAUGUUACUCCCUCUCCGGUUCAUCAAUAUCCUAUUAAUUAUUCCCCCAAUAGUUAUUCUCCCAAUCAAAGAAUUUAUGAAUCAUCGGGCUUUGGUGGUUCAGAUUCUUGGAGAAGUCCUGUUGGAAGUGCUAGUCCUUUUCAUGGGCACCAAGGAACUCCUCCAGGGGUCUGGAACAGAUCUGCUGGCAGGGCUGGCUAUAGCUUUCCCUUAAAUUCACCAAGAGGUCGUAGCUACCGCAGCCCUGCUCCUGGAUGGGGUGGUAGCCAUAGUCCUGGUUCUGGCAGAGGAAGCAGUCAUAUGUUCAGUAACAGCCCUAACCUUGGUUCAGGACAAGGUGGUGGAAGAGGGCGUGGUUUACAUGCUAUUGUCUCAGCACGCGAGAAACCAUAUAUGUUUUACAACAAGACCAUGCUUGAAGACCCAUGGAGGCUGUUGACACCAGUUUUAAGAAUUUCAGUUCUGCCAGUCAACACUCAGUAUACCCCUGAUUUGCCAAGAUCUUGGCUUCGGAAUUCGGUUCUAAAGAAGGCAAGAGUUUCAGCAACUGUCAAUGAGUCUAAUUCUCAAUUGAGCCUCGCUGAAUGCCUAGCUGCCUCUUUCGAGGAGGCUGUUAAUGAUGCAACAAGUAUUUGAGAGGUAGGGGUAGCCGUGAACGUGGGAGUCUUUACAGAUCUCUCUUUGCUAUGCUUAUGAACUCAAAGUGAGUUUGGUCUCUU